CUCACCCGAAGCCUGAUGUCCCUCGCUCCUUCUCCCAUCUCUCUGAAAUUUCUCUUGGAUUCGUCAGAUCAAGGAUUGAGUUGCAGGGAGCGUUUCAUUCCGAGGUAUCAUCUCAUCAGACUAGACCACUAGACACUCACAGGUUCAUUCCUAGCACAAACCAGAUCAUGCCUGCCCGAGAAAGAUCGGCUUCUCCGGCCUCCGAGGAGCGUAACAACAAGAAACAAAAAGUCUCUGCUGCAGGACUCGCAGCGGGUCCUGCUAUCCACCUGCCUGACCCGGCUACUCUUGCCGACGAUUACAAGAACAACAGGCCAUACAGACAUCUUUCUGUCGGCGGUCUAUUUGACGAUGCGGUGCUCGAAGGCAUUGUCACAGAAAGCCGGAGUUAUGGAAUGCGUCAUGAAGAAGGAUCUCUGCCGGGUUGGGGUUGGGAGCACAAGGAGACCGACAUCUACAAGAUUCGACAAACGCCCGACUUGACCUCGCUCGACCCCGAACAUCUGCCUGAAGAGACCUUGGAACAGCUCCCUUACCUCUGCAAGCUCAAGGAGAGCAUCUAUUCAAAAGAAUUCCGUCAGUUCGUUCAAAAGGUGACCGGUUGUGGACCGCUUUCAGGAUUGAAGGUGGACGGCUCAGUCAGCACCUAUACUCAAGGCUCGCACCUUCUCCUGCACGAUGACUCCAUCUCAACCCGAGUCGUGUCCUACAUUCUGUACCUGCCCAACAGCCCUGCCGACCUCGAAGACCCUGCUCUUGUUCCCUCAGCCGACAAGACCUUCCUCAAAGGCUGGAAUCCUGAAUGGGGCGGAACUCUCGAGCUCUACCCGAUCGCGGAUGGAGAGACGAAAGAGGUGGGACCUCCUGCGAUCAAGAGGUCCGCCAAGGAGGAUGUCAAGUGGGGAAACUUGGUGUUCUUCGAGGUUCAGCCGGGAAAGAGCUAUCAUUCGGUCGAAGAGGUCGUCGGUGGGGAAGGUCGACAGCGACUCAGUAUCAACGGAUGGUUCCACAGACCCAUUGAGGGCGAAGAAGGCUAUGAGAAGCAAGAUGCUACGAUCUUGAAGCAGAAACACAGCUCUUUGGCUCAGAUCACUUCCACUCCUGCCAAGCCCAUGAUCCCCUACCCUACCGACGUUGCCCCUCCUACCGGCCUGACUGCCGCUCAACUCAAGCAUCUUUCGAAGUACUUAUCACCUUCUUACCUCAACUCGGAAACGCUCGAGCGUCUCGCCGGUCAAUUCGUCGAGGGUAGCGAGGUGGUCAUGCACAACUUUUUGAAACCCGAGGUUGCCAAGGCCAUCAAAGCCGAAGUGACCAAGGUCGACGCGGAUGAUUAUGCACCGUAUACCAAGGAUGGGAACAAGUUGGUCCCGGCACACGAGACCGGAGAGAGUGACGAGUGGAAGCUGGAGGGACCUGCUAGUAAACACCGUUACCUCGGCCUCUCCGUUGAUGCUCAAUCCGCAGCACGAACGCCGACGAUCAGGUCCGUCUUGACCGACCUUUACCCUUCACCGGCCUUCCGAGCCUGGUUAUCUGUGGUGUCGUCGCUGGUCGUAUUGGCCUACCGAGCGGAAGCCAGACGAUUUAGGAAAGGUCUCGAUUAUACCCUUGCCAACGGUGAAGAAAGGGAGGGUGAACCGAGAUUGGACGGCGUGUUAGGCUUGACUUGGUGGGCGAAGGAGGAGACGGAAGAGGAGGAUGAGGACGAACAGGAUGUUGGUGGAUGGGAGUGUUACCUCGCACCCCCUGACGUCGACGAGGAUCCUGCGGUCUACAAGUCCACCAAGGCCGCCAAGACGGAAGACACACCCGCCAACGGCGAGGAACCAAGCGGAGACGCAACUUCGGAGCAAGAAAAGAAAGCCGAUGGACCUAAGAUCACCAUGGGAGGCGUCGAGCUCGAAUUCGACGAGUCACAACUUUCACCUUCUGAUUUUGAUACCGAUUCAGAAGGCGGUGAUAUGGACGAUGGUCCUCUUCUCCACCUCGGUCUCGGCUUCAACAAGUUUUUGCUCGUCUUGCGAGAUCCCGGUGUCAUGCGGUUCGUCAAGUACUUGAGUACCUCUGCCGAGGGAAGUCGAUGGGACGUUUGCGGAGAGUGGGAUGUUGGUCAGCUGGAAGAAGAAGAGGGUAGCGACGCCGACGCCGAAGCUGAAGCCUGAGGUUUCAAACGCUCCACGAUGUACAUGAAUGCAUAG